UUGCACAGCAUCCACAAGAAGCUUCACCAUGCCUAACACCUCCAACUACAAGCUGAACGCGGCUAUUGCUAACUCCAAGUAUACAGACCUAUUGCCAUACAAAGAUGGUUCAACAACCAAUGAAUUCCUUCAAAGAAUCGUCGACAUCCUUUUGGACUUCGUCAAAGCCACCAACGAUCGUAAAGAGAAGAUUUUAGACUUUCAUCAUCCUGAGGAGAUGCAAAAUCUUCUCGAUUUAAAAGUUCCAGAAAAAGGUGUCACUCUCCAACAGCUUGUUAAUGAUUGUGCAACAACUCUUAAAUAUCAAGUAAAAACAGGACACCCGCAUUUCUUCAAUCAGUUAUCUUGCGGUCUUGAUCUUGUAUCUAUGGCUGGGGAAUGGCUUACCGCAACAGCCAACACGAAUAUGUUUACGUACGAGAUCGCUCCAGUUUUUAUUUUAAUGGAAACUGUGGUUAUGACUCAUAUGAGAGAAAUUAUCGGGUGUAACUGGAAAAACGGUGACUCGAUCUUAGCUCCAGGGGGAUCAAUAUCGAAUCUAUAUGCUUUUCUCGCAGCUAGACACAAGAUGUUUCCCAACUAUAAAGAAAAAGGAAUUGCUACGAUUCAAGGUCAGCUGGUGAUGUUUACAUCCGAUCAGAGCCAUUAUUCCGUGAAAUCGUGUGCUUCAGUUUGCGGCUUGGGAACCGACAAUUGUUUGAUGGUUCCGUCGGACGUUAACGGCCGAAUGAUUCCAUCUGAACUCGAAAAACUCAUCGUCGAACGGAAAGCAAAGGGCCACAUCCCAUUUUUCGUUUGUUGCACUUCAGGUACAACCGUUUUAGGUUCUUUCGAUCCAAUCAACGAAAUUGCCGAUAUUUGCGAAACAUAUGGCUUGUGGUUACACGUAGAUGCUGCUUGGGGUGGAGGACUUUUACUUUCUAAAAAAUACAGGCAUCCACGUUUAAGCGGCGUCGAAAGAGCUCACUCUGUAACUUGGAACCCCCAUAAACUACAAGGAGCUUUGUUACAAUGUUCAACGAUUCAUUUCAAAGAAAACGGGUUAUUGUUGAGUUGUAACUCCAUGUCGGCCGAUUAUUUGUUUAUGCAAGAUAAACUUUACGAUAUCCAGUACGAUACCGGCGAUAAAGUAAUUCAAUGUGGGCGUCAUAAUGACAUUUUCAAAUUGUGGCUGCAAUGGAGAGCUAAGGGCGAUGAAGGUUUCGAAAAACAUAUGGAUCGUUUAAUGGAACUUUCUGAAUAUAUGGUGAAAAGAAUUAAAGAGCAACCCGAUAAAUUUUAUCUUAUCAUGGAACCUGAAAUGGUCAAUGUCAGCUUUUGGUAUAUUCCAACAAGAUUAAGGAAGAUGCCUCAUACUUCAGCAAGAGAGGCGGAAUUGGGAAAAAUCUGUCCGAUUUUAAAAGCUCGUAUGAUGGAAAGUGGGACAUUAAUGGUCGGUUAUCAACCGGAUGAUAGAAGGCCGAACUUUUUUAGAAACAUUAUAUCUUCAGCUGCGGUCAAAGAAAGCGACGUCGAUUUCCUCUUGGCUGAAAUGGACCGACUUGGACACAACCUAUAAGUAACACCAAAGAUAGUUGUUGACCAUAUAUAGAUUAUAUCAUUACUUUCAACACAAAUAUUACUCUUUAAAAAAAUCGUACACUUAUAUCUGUACUUGGAUGUUCUUUUUUGAUCGAUUGAAACAAAAUCUCUUUUAUUUGUUAAAAAUGGUUAAAUAAAAUGAUUGGGAUUGAAAUUUUGGAAAAGCAUCAAGUGUAUUUGAUGAAUUAGUUGCUUCUUUUAGAUGUAAAACAUAUCAAAUCGUUAACAUAUCAUUGUUAAAUUUUAUUUUAAAAUUGAUUGUUACGCAGAGUGUUUUUGUUUUUAAGAAAAAAU